AGGGAGGAGGAAGCAGCGAAUUGAAGAUCCUUAAAUGCGGUUUGGUGGCAUCCCCGCGCGCGCUGGCCCCCAUGCAGACGCCUGCCCUGGACGCAUGGGUGCAACAUGCCACCACCAUUGCCAUUGCCAUUGCCACCCCCCACCUACAUAAAUCCCCUCCCGCUGGCCUCGCCCCCGGCUUUUACCGCUCUUUGACUCCACUCCACCCCCCACCCAGCCGCCCGGCCACCCAGCUCCUCCUCCUCCUCCUCCGCUCCCACACGCCAGCCGAACACACGCUUGUUAGCUAAGCUCGCAGCGCCGCGCCGGCCGUGGAUCGAUCGGCCGCGCCGUAUGGGGAGGCAGCGGCGGUGGUCGCGCGCGGCGCUCCUCGCGUGCCUGGUGCUCCUCGCCGCCGCCGCGUGCGCCGACUCGGCGCGCCCGGGGCCGCUGGCGGCAGCGGCGACCGAAGGGCUGCCUGCCGGCGCGAGCAUGAGCGCCAGCGCCAACGAAGACGGCGGCGACGGCCCGCGGAGGAGCGCGUUCGACGCGCUGGUGGGGGGCCUCGUGAGCAUCGGGCUGGGGCGGCGGUGGCGCGCCGGCGACGGCGCCGGGCUGGUGGACGGCGACAAGCGGCGCGUGCCGACGGGGCCCAACCCGCUGCACAACAGAUGAGUACGCACGUACGUACUACAGCGGUAGCUAGCUGAUCACCCGUUAGCUUUCGGACCUCGCUGGCGCCAUUGCCGGGCGCGUGCGGGGCGGCGAGCAGAGGAGGAGAAGAACGGGAAGGAGAAGAGAGGAUAGGAGCUUCUAGUAUGGCUGUUCCCUUCUGCUUCCCUUUCUUCUUUUCCCCCCUGAUUUUCCUUCUUCUUCUUCUUCUUCUUCUUCUUCUUCUUUCCUAGUAAGGAGUGGUAGCUACCUUUUUGUUGCUUGUCUUUUGCCCUUAUUUUCUUGUGUCCUCGAUUGGUUUGUGAAGUGGACAGCAACGCCAUUCUGUUGGUUGAAAGAGAUACAUAUAUGAGUAUACUACUUCUUUU